GUUUUAGCACCAGAUUAUGAAUCAAGGCUAAAGGAUCAGUUGAUCACUAAUGCUGGUGUCUACACAGUGCAUUUAGAAUCUUCCCAACAUCUUGAAUAUGGAUGAGGAACUGGGUGAUCAGAACCAUCACUUCAGUGAGCAUGAUUUAGAUGCAAUCACCAACAAGAUCAGUGACCUGGGCAAAUGGAGAGAAAUCUUCAGUCAACAAGGAUUACAAUUCAAGGAUACUGUGGUGAAGAAGUAUCCAGACUGCCGUAAGGUUGAGGAUGACAGUGAAGAUGGAGCAGGGACACCUCAGUCCAGCAGCAUCAAAUCUCAUAGCCACUUCACCACCUUCAGUGUUCCGUAUUGUGUCCCAAAAGCAUUUGUUGUGUCUUCAAACUUAGGCAGCCUGCCCAUCACACUGGAGACAGCAGUGGCGCUACGGAAGGCUCUGUUCGGGACAGCAUUUCAAGUUUUCAAUUACGAAUGGAAGAAAUCCCACUUUAAAUUCCGAGAUCCCUAUUCAGAUCUGGCAUACGCGCUGGAGGCAGAGAGGGGUGGCAUUAGAUCUGUUCAGAUGGCUGUGCAAGCGUAUAUUCUCAAGUACCUGCUGUUCACCCGAAACAGUGAUUUGGAAAGCCAGAACAUUAAGUGCCUGCUUGGAGUGAGCCUUAAAGAGCAAGAAAAUGCACUGGCAGCAGCGCUGUCUGACAUUCUGUGGACGGCAGGGGAAGGAGUCAAGAGCUUUGUUUGUUUGGUGACUGCUGACUGCUAUUUUGCCCCAACAAUCGACUACAAAAUGGACAGCUACACCGAAAGACUCCAGCUCUUCCAGUUCACUGAUAGGGCAAAGCUGCAAAAUUUUAUUGCCGAACAUGUACACUGUUUUAAAGGUGAAGGAAGUCAUGCAGUCAUUCUGUUCCUCUACAGUUUACUCUUGUCAAGGACCUUGGAAAGGCUCUAUAAUGAUAUGGACUGUACAACCCCUCACCUCUUGCAGGUGAGCCUGGGAAACUUCGUCUGCACACAAGCCCUCAUAAACCUCAUGCUCACUGGGAGAGCUAGUCCGAACGUUUUCAAUGGAGACCAACAAUAUGAUAACCAAGGUGUCCUGCUUAAAGAACCAAAGCAUGGAGUCCUUGCCAGAAGUGAUGUGGGCUAUCUCUACUGGAACAGACAUGAACUAGACCACGAGAAUCUCCCACAGGUUGUAAGCAUGUUGAAAACUCCCAAGCUCCCGAUAUGGCUGUGCAACAUCAAUGACACUUUCAGUGUACUGUUCAAUACCAAUAGACUCCUCUUGUCUGACUGGAGGAUGGAGCAUCUCUUCGAUCUGUAUUUUUACAGCGGCCAGUCUUCGCAGACAAAAACCGUCACUCUAACAAUCGAUACUCACUCUCACCACUGGGAGGAUGGGAUGCGCGAGAAGGAAGAAGAUCCCGAGAAGAGGUUCCCCUCAGUGGAAAUGACCAUUCGCACGAAGUGGGAAGGAGCUGCUAUUGACUGGAAUGGAACUGUACCAUUUUUCUGAAUCCCAGCAAGGGAUUCACAGGAGACUGUUAAACCAUGACUAACUGUGUAGUAUUGGGAAGCUGAAGGCUGGCAGCUCAAGUGUUUUAUUGUCCAUUCAUCCCUAGUUCCCUAGUACUGCACAGGCGGAGCCCCGAUAGCAAUUCCAAACUUAUUCAUGUUCUCUGCAGCUGUUCUAAUUGAAGCAUAAAUAGAGAACUCUCUUUAGGCGAUCUUGUGAUCGAUGGUAAUAUUCCUACCUCUGAGUCAGGAGGCCUGGGUUCAAGUCACACCUGCUCCAGAGGUGUGUCAUAAUAUAACUGUGGCAGGUUGAUUAGAAAUACCUAAGUGGAGAACUCUUUCUGUUGCUGUUAACCCAACAACAAAUCUGUUUUGAUGACUUGAACAGCUGGGCCACAUUCAAGGCAACGGAACAUCUAAAUGCAUUUGACAUUAGCCUUGCACCCUUCAGCUCAAACAAAAGCUCCCCCAUCAAUAAGUUGAAUUUGUGCCAGGAUGAAGGCACAAUAAAAACAAUGGGACUUGUGAGACCUGUCCAAGAAAGGCAACCAUGAGCGUAUGGUGUCAUAGAGAUGUACAACAUGGA